AUGCCCCCCAAAACCCCUAAGCGAUUUCCCACUCAUUUCCUGUGUAUUCCACUUGUUACGACAUCGUCACGGCCCCAACUAGCCUCUAGCCUCGAGUCUUUCAGCGCAGAUGUCACCAGUGCGGAUAGUUUUGCCAUACCUGCCGGUGCGAUCCGGCCCGUUGGGACAUUGCAUCUCACGCUGGGAGUGAUGAGCUUCCCGAAGAACGAGGGCCUAGAAAAGGCAGUAGAAUUGCUCAAAACGAUUGUCCCAAGGCGCAUAAUAGCCAACAUCAAAGCCGCGGCGCCCGCCAAGGAUGGACAAGAAGCAGACGGCACACCUCCACCAUUGCUGUCCGUCACACUCAAAGGCAUACAUUCGAUGCAAUCUGCUUCAAAAGCCACCACACUCUACUCGGCUCCAGAGGACCCUGAUGGGAUACUCCAGAAAUUCUGCGAGGAAGUCAAGAAGACGUUCGAGGAGGCUGACGUCAUGGAGAACGAUAAGAGACCUCUCCUCUUGCACGCCACCAUCAUCAACACCAUUUAUGUCAAGGGCAGGCGCCAGGGCAAGAAGCACGAGAAGAUAACCAUAGAUGCCCGGGGUAUCCUGGAUCGUUACGAUGACUACGAGUGGAUGCGGGAUGUGCCUGUCGAGAAGAUAGCCAUCUGCCGAAUGGGUGCCAAGGAUGUAGAGGACAGUGACGACAAGGCCUAUGAAGUCGAAGCAGAGAUUGACGUAGAAGGGACGGAAUGA